GGCAGUAAAGUUUUUUUUUUUGGCAGCAAAGCAUAUUGCACAAACGUGGGUGUCGUGGAUAUAUAUUCAUGUAGUUGUACAUAAUGAAAACACGUUCUCUGUAAAAAAAAAAUACUCUAAACUAGUUUUCUAACAAUGGCUUUGUACGUGAAAGCUGCCGAGAUUAUCGAGAAAGUGGAGAGGAAGCAGGCUGCUUUAUAGACUGGUUUACGACAGUACAUUUCAGAAUAUCAAGCAUCUGUUUGCCCUGAUGUGAGACACAGAAGUUUUCAUCUAUCCUCCAAGAGAUCAUUGAGUCCACAAAGCUCCUCAAACAAACUAAGAUUUAAAAAAAAAAAAAGGUAUCUUGCCAAGGACCAGGUUCUGGUGUAUGACCUAGUUGUUGGUAAGGGGCUGCAGUGUGGCAGGGCCUGGAAGGCUCUGAUGAUGAAGCACUGCUCCAGACUGCAGGCUGCCCUGGCCGGCAUGAAGAUCAAGCAGAAGGUCAGCUGCAACCAGGACCUACUCUCCUCCAGUCCCCAGCAGCUUGAAGGCUAUCAGCUCCCAAGGUAUGUGCGUGUGAACAUAUUAAAGACCACGGUGGAGGACGCCAUCGAUUACCUAAAGAGAGAGGUCUUUCGCCUUCCUGGGACAGGCCUACAAAGACAGCUCAAUGACCUGAAUCUGAAGGGGAAUCUGGGUGACCUGCAACUUUCAGACCUGCUGGUUGUCUCUGCGAAGACAGACUUCCAUGACCACAAUCUCUACAAGGCUGGCCACAUCAUUCUACAAGACAAGGUACAAGGCCAGCUGUCUCCCUGCGUACUUCGUGAACCCUCUUACAGGCAGCCAUGUCCUGGCUCCUGUACAGUGCCGGGGAACAAAACCAACCACCUCGCCGCCAUCAUGAAUAACAAAGGAAAGAUGCACCUCAAUGACUCAGAAGGACUCACAAGUCAAGGAUGAGACGCCAGCAUCCCAAAAGGAGCACGACAGUCCUCGUCUGAAGGCCCUGGCAGUGUUCCAGCUGCACUGUCUCAACCACGCCAGGCACUUCCUUCGUCUGCAGCGACUCCACCGGCUCCAUUCACACAGAGGAAUGAGCAAGUGGUUGCCGCCUGCCUGCAGCAGAACCCAGGCUUCAGUUAGGAAACAAAUAUUAAUCUAAUGAUCAAUUCCCAAAUUGAAUAGAGAUUAUCAUGGAACUGAAUAAGUAUUUGACCUAUCUGUGUUUCUGUGAUUGUAAGAACAGUAAAGCAUUGUCUUGUGGCAACCUUUGAUCUGA